UAUAACCAUAUUUACGUGUACAUUUACUAGUUUUGUAGCGUUCAGACUAAGAAAACGAUGGGAAGGUGAUGGCCGACGACGACGACGACGACGACAAGCAAGCGCGUGAGCGAGAACAUCAAACAUUCACCGGUGGAGGAACUCUGCCUCUGACGUAUUGACUUCAUCAAGAAGGAUCAGCAGAAGGGGGCCCCAUCAUCUCACCUGUGUUCAUCAUCUGUUUCUUCCCAUCAAUGGGCGGGACCAUGCUUUCCUCCCCUCCCCCAUUAUGAGACGACGUUGGAGAUUAGGGUAAACCCUGUGCUCCAUGGAUGCAGCUUUAGCGAGUGGCCACUAUUAAUGACGCCGUUGACUGUCAUGCAACACUCCAUCAUCACAUUCAAUGACCGCAGCAUUUCUUAUUGUUCUCAGCGUGGAAGAACAGGAGGCCUUGUCAUCAUCCAUUCCCGGUCUUGAUCGGCUCCAUCCUUAACCCACAAUUCACGCCUCCCCUCGUCACCCUCUCGGUACAUAUCUCGAAAGGAAGAGCCAGUGUUUCUGCUGCUGUGCCGGCGACCAGAACGGCGACCUCUUCCAUGCGCUUUUAAUGACGUAUAAAGCUCGCCAUCGACUCCCGCCGCUGGGUUAUGCCUCCUUCGGCUGCUCCACGAUGACCCACUCGUCCCAUCAAACCCAUGCUGUGUUUCUCUUCUUUGCGCUUUCGUUGCUGUGUGUCGCUACAGGCGCUGAUGGGUGCAACCGGACCUGCGGCUCCGGCCCUGCCGUCCCCUACCCCUUCGGCUUCUCCGCCGGGUGUCCGAUUCGUCUUAACUGCUCCCAAGACGGCGCGAGAUUCCUCGGCGAGUUUCGCGUUCGGAACAUCACAACCGACGCCGUGCACUUGGACGUGCCGCCGGUCUGCGACCGCUUCAUCCACCGCGCCACCGCCGGGCUCUUCGGGGCCAACUACGCCAUGACGGCGAGCAACGCGCUUUUCCUUCGCAACUGCACGUCCAAAACCGGAUCCGAGUGUAGCAUCUCCACCGAUAUCAUCGCCAAGCGGAUGAAGCUGACCAGCUGCGGGCCCAAGGACGACGACAUCAGCUGCUACUCCAGCGGGAGGACGGACGGGUUCCUAUCCGACGCCAACUUCACGGCAGCCGCCACUAACUGCCGGCUCCUGUACACCUCGGUGAGGUACGGCGAGGACGCCUCCUCCGACCAACCGUCGCUCGUAUUCGGGUCCGCGGAGAUCGGGUGGUGGCUCAACGGGGAGUGCCGGUGCGCGGCCAACGCCACCUGCAAGCGCGUGGACGUGCCGGUCGACACCCAGAAUAGCUCCAAGAAAGGGUUCAGGUGCAGCUGCCACGAGGGGUUCAUCGGCGACGGCUUCGCCGAGGGCGAGCGUUGCCGGAGAGAUGCUGCAUCGAUAAGCUCCAUUCCCGGUGGCAAAGCUGGUGCCAUUGUUGGAGGGGCCGUGGCUGGAGCCGCUCUUGCUCUUGGAUUGGCACUGCUCUGCUACCUCGUCAGACGCCGGGGGAUCGUCUCCGAAGUGGAGGAAUCCGGCACCCGACGCCUGCUCGACGAGACAUCCUGCACCGUCGCCGUCUACUCCCACAAGGAGGUCGAACGUGCCACCGGCAACUUCUCCGAUGCGUACAAGCUCGGUGCCGGCGCCUACGCCACCGUGUACAUGGGACGGUUCUCCAACACCGGCCUCGUCGCCAUCAAGAGGCUCAAACACCCUGACACCGACAACAUCGAACAUGUCAUCAACGAGAUCAAGCUCGUCUCCUCCGUCAGCCACCCCAACCUCGUCCACCUCUUGGGCUGCUGCAUCGACAGCGGCGAGCACAUACUCGUCUACGAGUUCAUGCCCAACGGCACCCUGUCGCAGCACCUCCACCGCGAGCGGGGCAACGGCCUGUCAUGGUCCGCCCGGGUCUCCAUCGCCACCGAGACCGCCAGGGCCAUCGCGUACCUCCACACCGCCGUGCACCCGCCCAUCUACCACCGGGACAUCAAGUCCAGCAACAUCCUGUUGGACUACGACCUUCGGCCCAAGCUGGCGGACUUCGGACUCUCGAGGGUCGGCAUCGUCGAGUCGUCCCACAUCUCGACCGCGCCGCAGGGGACGCCGGGCUACGUCGACCCGCAGUACCACCAGAACUUCCACCUCUCGGACAAGAGCGACGUGUACAGCUACGGAGUGGUGCUGGUGGAGAUGAUCACGGCGAUGAAGGUGGUGGACUUCCGUCGAGCAGCGAGCGAGGUGAACCUGGCGUCGCUCGCGGCCGACAAGAUCGGGAAGGGGCUGGUGGAGGACAUCGUAGACCUGAUUAUCAAAGAGAAUUGGAACGGUCAGACCAGGGCUUCGGUGCAGAAGGUGGCGGAGCUCGCUUUCCGGUGCCUGGCGUUCCACAGGGACGCGAGGCCGUCGAUGGCGGAGGUCGCAGAAGAGCUGGAAAAGAUCAUGAUGGAGGAGUGUCGCCCAGCUCAACCUGAAGGAUCGGAGGAGCAACAUGAUGAGCCACAGAGUAGGAGGUCGGCGGCGGAGAGCGUAGUGGUGGAGAAACCCCAGGCAGUGUCCCCAGUUUCAGUGCAGGAUCAAUGGACCAGUGAGCGUAGCUCUUCUCCUUGUUCCUCCUCCUCUGUUGCCUCCUCGAGAAAUCUUAAUCGUGGAAUCUAAUGUGCAGUAGAAUCCCUUUGUAGGCUAAAAGCUGUUGAUACUUUGCAUCGAGUACAACCAAGUUUUCCUUACUAUUCUUGUAA